UUUGCGAUUCAGAUUGCGUCUGGCGGGGGAGACCGCGCAGCAAAAAUUCAUCAAUCUGGCUUCGGCACAGGGAAGCGGUGCGAUCUUCUUUCUACUCUGUUGUGGAUUCGUGCUUCUGCGGUGCUGUACACUGGUGACCGCAGGACGCAACAACUUUCUCCGGCACGAUGAUGCCCUGCCGAAGGGAUGCACCUGGACCGGUGCCGUACUGGAAGUUUCGCAGGAGAAAAGAUCCGACGAGCUGCAGUGCAAAAUCAAAACCAUAACCAAGACCGAGAGUCUGCUAGCUAAUAUAAGUAGUUAUCAAAUUGAUAGGAUUAAAUCGCUCAAGCUAGAGUGUAACGACAUAAUGUUCUUUGAAAGUUCCUUAGAAUCGACUACGACGCCUGGAAACUUUCUAGGCAAUCUUAACAGCUUGAUGCGGCUGUCGAUUGAGUACUGUAAAAUAAAGUACAUCCCAGCGAUGGCGUUCUCGAACAUGAAAGUUCUGAAAAGUCUAUCCCUAAGCACCCACAAUAUUGACUGGUCUGUGAUGAACCUCGAACUGCAUCCGGAUAGCUUCCGGGGACUGACCGAGCUUAAAGAGAUGCACCUGGCGGAUAAUAACAUCUGGACUCUACCGAAUGAAGUAUUUUGUCCGCUUUACACUUUGAGAGUGCUCAAUCUAACCGGAAACAGACUGAGUGACUUAUCUCAGCUGUCACUGUCCGACUGGGGCAAGGGGCCGAUAGCUCCCGGAAAAGCGUGCAACACGGGUUUGGAAGUGUUGGACCUGUCUGGAAACGACAUCACUCUUAUGCCAGAUAAUGGCCUAUCAGCGUUAAGAUCAUUGAAUGCGCUUUAUCUGCAAGAUAACCUACUCAAAGAAAUUGCUGACAGAGCAUUUGUCGGUUUGGGUACACUUGAAGUUCUCAACCUUUCCAACAACAAACUCACCGCCCUCACUCCGGAACUUUUCCUAUCAUCGCGCAAAAUCCGCCAAGUCAACUUGCAAAACAAUUCUCUAUCGGUGAUGGCACCCGGUGUUUUUGAAGGGUUGGACCGGCUUGAAAUGUUGGACCUUUCGCGGAAUCAACUGAUUUCAACUUGGGUCAAACGUGACACAUUUGCUGGCCAAGUGCGCCUGGUGGUACUAAAUCUCGGAUACAAUCACCUCUCGAAAGUGGACCAGCAUGUGUUCAAGGGACUGUACAGUUUGCAAAUUCUUAACCUGGAGCACAAUGCCAUCGAACUGAUUGCCGAUGGUGCGUUUAGUGAUUUGAAAAAUUUGCAUGCGCUCUUCAUCUCGCAUAAUCGGUUGCGACAAAUUGAACCGUACCAUUUCAGUGAGCUGUACGUUUUGAAUCAGCUGAUAUUGGAAUCGAACCAGAUUGCGUACAUUCACGAGCGUGCCUUCGAGAAUUUAACCCAUCUGCAUGAUCUGAGUCUGAACGACAACCGGCUCGAAGAGAUACCGUCCGGGAUGAAAAGUUUGAAGUUUUUGCAGUCGUUGGAUUUGGGCAAGAACCAAAUAACCGAGAUUAAUAAUUCCUCCUUUGAGGGACUGGAGGAGCUCAUCGGACUGCGGCUGGUGGACAAUCAGAUAACGGAAAUUUCUAGAGAUACGUUCUUUGCGUUGUCAACCAUCCACGUACUGAAUUUGGCCAGCAAUCGGAUACGGCACGUGGACCAGUCGGCUUUUAGUUCAAAUCCGACACUGCGUGCCAUAAGGUUGGAUAAUAACGAGCUAGAGGAUGUGGCUGGAGUGUUUACCUCACUCACGUCACUGGUCUAUUUGAAUAUUUCCGACAACAACAUUGGCUGGUUUGAUUAUUCGCACUACCCGCAGUCGCUCGAGUGGUUGGACAUCCACAAGAACAAUAUCUCCGAGCUAGGCAAUCGGUACGACGUGGGAAAUUGGUUCCAGUUGAAAAUGUUGGACGUUUCGCACAAUCGCAUCAAGCACAUCAACUCGAGCUCGUUUCCGAAAAAUAUCGAAACCUUGCUGCUGAACAACAAUCAGAUCGAAGAGAUUGCCCCGGAGACGUUUACUAACAAGGAGAGCAUUGUGAAGGUGGUGCUAUAUGGAAAUCACUUGCGCCGCUUGGAAAUGUCAUCGUUGGCGCUAACGUUGGUUCCGGAUACACGGACAAUGCCGGAGUUUUAUAUCGGUGAUAAUUUAAUCCAUUGCGAUUGCAGCAUGGAGUGGUUACAACGAAUCAAUGAACUGAGUUAUCUUCGCCAGUACCCGCAGGUGAAGGAUCUGGACUCGGUGAUGUGCACGAUGGAACACGAGCGAGGUGAGUUGGUAAGACCACUGAUGGAAAUGAAGGCCAGCGAGUUUCUAUGCAAAUACGAGAGCCAUUGUUUUGCGACGUGCCAUUGCUGUGAUUUCGACGCGUGUGACUGCAAGAUGACAUGUCCGGAUCGGUGCAGUUGCUACCACGACACAGCCUGGGAGUCGAACAUUGUGGACUGUGGUAGUGUCGGACUAACGGCAAUUCCGGUGAAAAUCCCCAUGGAUGCCACCGACAUCUAUUUGGAUGGGAAUAAUUUCGGGCAGCUGGAAAGUCACGUUUUCAUCGGGAAGAAAAAACUCAAGUCGCUGUAUCUGAAUAACAGUCACAUCGAUGGGCUGAAUAAUAAAACGUUCGGUGGAAUUCCGGCGCUCAGUGUAUUGCACCUGGAGGACAAUGGGCUGGAAAGUAUUAGCGGAGCCGAGUUUGAGCAGUUGCGUGAUCUGAAGGAAUUGUUCCUAGAUCACAAUGCCAUCAGUGCCAUCGGAAACAAAUCGUUCUAUUAUCAGAAAUCAUUGGAAGUGCUUACGAUAAGUGACAAUAAAAUCAGUGAAUUAAAGCCCUGGGAACUGAUGCCACUGGGCGGUAAGUUCCGGCUAAUCUCGUUAAGUGGUAAUAAACUGGCCUGUGCUUGUGAAUCGAUGAGUAAGCUAGUGGACUGGGUCGAACGGCAGUUUAACGAAACGGACGGACUAAGUGAAUUUCAAUGUUCGAAUAAUAAAUUACUGAAGGACGCGAUUAAGGAGUGUGAGAGUCACAAGAGUGCCCCGAUUGCGACACCAACCGUGCAGCGAACGAUUAUCGAUAAUGAUUUUAUAGACUACUUACCGCUGUUGAUUGCCGUACUAGCCGGACUAGUGCUGACGAUUCUUCUGGUGACGCUGGUGUUCAUCUUCCGGAACGAUGUUUGCCUGUGGGCUCACUCUCGGUAUGGGGUAAGGAUCUGCAAGGAUCCACUCAAUACGAUGGAACGGUGCGAGGAUAACGAAAAACUUUACGAUGGUUAUCUUGUUUAUAGUGCGGCCGAUGCCGAUAUGGUUACUAGUCAAAUUGCACAAGAAUUAGAGCAUAAUGGUUACGCACUUUGCCUGCACUACCGGGACAUUCACUCGGCUGCCUUUCUGGCCGAUUCCCUGCAAGGAGCUGCCGAUGCAUCCCGUAAGCUGAUUCUGUUUAUAAGUGUCAAAUUUAUGCAGCUCGAGUGGUCACAACCGGAGUUCCGAGCCGGGUUGCAAGCAGUGCUGGAACUUAUCCGACCAUCCCGGCGGAAACAGAAGCUUAUCCUAAUCACUUCGGUGCCACAAUCGAUGCUCACGAUGGACCCCAUAAUGGACAUACUCACGCGAACCUGCACCGUUAUCUCGUGGGACGAUCGGCGCUUCUGGGACAAACUCCGUUUUGCCAUGCCGGACAUUGGCAAAAAUUCUCCUGUAAAUAAGGCCCCCCAUCGCAAAGCCAUCAACAUCCGGUAUACUCCGGCCCCAACAAAUCCUACCGCACCGACGGCCACCUGGCCCAAGCGCCUCAACUCCGAAGUAUGCGUACAAUAUCCCCCACAGUCGGCUCAUUCUCCCAACCACAGUACUUACAAUACCGAGGAUGAACUUUCGACUGCUUCCUCGCCGCAGUACGAAGCCCCGACGCUUCAUCACGCAGUCGGAGGAGGUCACGCGAUGAUUCCCUUCCACCUUCACCAUUCACAUGCCCCAUCGGCGCCAUCACACCACAUUCCACUGCAGCAACAACAGCAGCAACAGCAGCACCAGACCAGUCAUUCGCCGCACCUGCAAAACUACCCCCACCAUCCUCAACACCACCACCAGCAGCAACAUCAACAACAACACCAUCAACUGAACCUUCAGCAGGGAAACGCCUCCACUGCCAUGGGAGCUCCCGUGGGCUACUACCGCACCAGUAAGUCCAACAAUACCAACACCCUAGGCCACGUGUACUCCACCAUACCGGAGUCGCAAUACAACACCCAUCACUCCAAUCGCAGCGAUAGCAAUCGACCGUACUUUGUGUAAUAUUUACUCUACUUUUAGCUCUUUUUUCAAAUCUACCACCCCUCCUCCACCCUCUUAAUUCUCCCAUCUCAUGUGUACUUCAUUCCCCAUUCAUUCGUACUCGCUUUAAUAGUCCUACUAUUAUUAAAAAAAAAUGCUAAAUAUUGUGUAUACAAAUUGUUUACAACACUACUACUCUGUGAACUACUCGUAGGCUAGGUCAAAAUGAAAAAAAUAAAAGACUUAUUUGAUUAGAAAUCUCCCUCUCCGACCCAUGCAGCCCAAUCAAAACCCUAUCGCUUUCUGUGCAAGCGAGCAUGAUGCGGAUGCCAAUAUGAUUUUCUCGUACCCAUUUUGAUUUCUACUUCUUCUUUCAAUAACAUAAAUUCAUCUUGGAAAGCGCGAGAGCCCACGACGCAUCAUAAUCAGUCUGUUUGUUGAUUUGUUUUAAUUGAAAGUGACCGCGCGCAGCUUCAGCCGAGGAAAACAUGACCGGGGAACAAAGGCAAACAUUAUCUUUCUGGGCGGGAAAUCAAAAUUGAUACGCGAGUAAAUAUGCAUAGUGGUACUGAUUAAAGAGUGGAAUGCUGUUGAAAUUUGAAAUCGAGUGGAGGAUGCUCAAUUGAUUCUGGGCGGCAUUUUUUCGUGACUCGCUCUGUCUCGCUGUCGUAUAUCGCUAUCUGGGACAGCGCGGGACAUUCAUCGUGGUUGAACAACGGUUUCACUGACAGGUUACAAUUCUUCAGUGCUGUUGACCGUUGACGGGCCGGAUUGGGAAACGAUGACGGAAUAUGCGUGUGCGGAGGACAGAGUAACGACGAUGGACACUGCAUGAUAAGACCUUGGACCAUAUGUAGUCCGAAAUGAGCUGAUACAUUUAGAUAGCGGGCAGAAAAUUGUUUCUGGCGAUGCCGAGCUAAGUCACACAUCGAUGUAGGUAUGUAAUUUGAUCGUGUUGCGAUAGCCGGCAGUGUGACAGUUGAUGAAUUGACUAUUGUUGGGAGUGGAAUUUUUGCGUGUAUGGGACGUGACGUGAUUAGUUUGCACUUUCGAUUGGAUCCGGAGUGAUGAUGGAGUGUAUCCGCGAUCGGAAGUGUUGAAUUUUCGGAGAACGGGAAGAAGUAACUUCGGUGAAUUUAACUCUUGACGUGUUGUUAUGAGAAUCUCGAAUAGUUUUUCAGUAAGCAUAAAAAGCUGAGGUACUUAGAUGAUUUCAGAACAGUUUUGUUACAUACAAUACUUCUGAUCGAUUCUCAACGUUGCGCCACCAUGAGAUCAAGCUCGAUUUACAUCGCUUCUUCUUUGGUGCCUUUCGUCUAGUGGGGGUACGCGUACUCCGGAAGCUUAUUUUAAUCUGCGAGUAGUUUUGAAAUGUUGUAUAGAAGGGUCUUGGAAGCUUUAUUUUUUGCGUAAUUUUCAGCUAAAAAAAUUGCUUAUUCAGCUGUUGAUAAACUCAAAUUGUUUGUUGGGUAGCUUUUAAACCCGUUUAAGCCCAAAAACUGAAACUCAAAUGAAAGAGGAGCACCUUAAAUUUGUCAUUUGGUGGUUGUUUCAGCGAUAUUUUUU